CCUAGGGGUUGCUUUGGCAUGAGUCCAUAGCAGGGCUUGAAGUCUCACCCCUAGACCUGUAGUGAGAGGCCAUAAUUGCUCUACCUCUGUGUCCCCAUGUCAUUAUAUAGUCCAGUAGUGUUCUUUAAGAAAACUUUAGAGUCAGAUUUACUCCCAGCAUAAGGGUGCAGAGUACAGUUAAGCACAGGGGGAAUUUGGCUUGUUGCACUAAACCCCUGGUUUCAUACAUAUACUUUAGAUCAACUUUUUAAAAUUAUAACCUGAAAGUAAAGUGUAAACAGGAAAAACUUGUAUUCGUAAGGGGAAGAUAAAUCUGGGUUUACUGCUGACUCAGAAGUCCAGCCUUUUGUUAUGAGAUACUGAUGCAUCAGGAAAGGGGCAGUCUUACUGAAGUACUUAAUUUUUUUUUUCCUUGCUUGUAUGUUAGUUAUCUUCCCCUGCCUCUUUCCACAGUCAUGUGUUGGAGGCAAGUUUCCACUUGAGUGGCACAGUGACAGAACCUGCAAUGCAAUCGGAGCCAGAAACUGUUUGCAAUGUAGCUAUCAGCUUUGAUCGUUGCAAGAUUACCUCAGUGACCUGUAGCUGUGGAAACAAGGACAUAUUUUACUGUGCCCACGUUGUGGCACUCUCUUUAUAUCGGAUCCGCAAGCCAGAUCAGGUCAAACUGCAUCUUCCCAUUUCAGAGACACUCUUUCAAAUGAACAGAGACCAACUACAAAAGUUUGUACAGUAUUUGAUCACAGUGCACCAUACAGAAGUUUUGCCAACUGCUCAGAAAUUAGCAGAUGAAAUUCUUUCUCAGAAUUCAGAAAUCAAUCAAGUUCAUGGUGCUCCAGACCCAACAGCAGGUGCUAGCAUAGAUGAUGAAAACUGCUGGCACUUGGAUGAAGAACAGGUCCAGGAACAGGUUAAACUCUUCCUUUCCCAGGGUGGAUACCAUGGAUCAGGGAAGCAGCUCAAUUUGCUUUUUGCAAAGGUGCGAGAGAUGUUAAAGAUGAGAGACUCUAAUGGAGCUCGCAUGUUGACGCUGAUAACAGAACAGUUCAUGGCUGACCCUCGGCUGUCACUUUGGAGGCAACAAGGAACUGCAAUGACUGACAAGUAUCGGCAGCUCUGGGAUGAAUUGGGUGCUCUGUGGAUGUGUAUAGUCUUAAAUCCCCAUUGCAAGUUGGAGCAGAAGGCCAGUUGGCUAAAGCAGCUGAAAAAAUGGAACAGUGUGGAUGUUUGUCCCUGGGAAGAUGGAAACCAUGGAAACGAGCUGCCCAACUUAACCAAUGCUUUGCCUCAGGGUGCAAAUGCUAACCAAGAUUCAUCGACCAGGCCUCAUCGGACGGUGUUCACUCGAGCCAUUGAGGCAUGCGAUCUCCACUGGCAGGACAGCCACUUACAGCACAUUAUUAGCAGUGACCUAUACACCAACUACUGUUACCAUGACGACACUGAAAACUCGCUCUUUGACUCUCACGGGUGGCCCCUCUGGCAUGAACAUGUUCCUACAGCCUGUGCAAGGGUGGACGCAUUACGGUCUCACGGAUACCCAAGAGAAGCCCUGAGGCUAGCCAUAGCUAUUGUUAAUACGCUAAGAAGACAGCAGCAGAAACAGCUGGAAAUGUUCCGGGCUCAGAAGAAAGAACUUCUCCACAAAGGAGUAACCUCAAUAACUAAUCUUGAAGGUUGGGUUGGGCACCCUUUGGAUCCUAUUGGCACCCUCUUCAGUAGCCUUAUGGAAGCAUGCAGAGUGGAUGAUGAAGGCUACUAUGGGUUCUCAGACUUCCCAGAGAACAUGGGACAAUUCAAAUCUCUGGAGUAUCAGCACCUGCCUGCACACAAAUUCUUAGAAGAAGGGGAAUCUUACCUAACGCUGGCUGUGGAAGUAGCGUUGAUAGGGCUGGGGCAACAGCGAAUAAUGCCAGAUGGCUUGUAUGCACAAGAGAAGGUUUGUCGAAAUGAGGAGCAGCUCAUUUCUAAGCUACAGGAAAUUGAAUUGGAUGAUACACUGGUGAAGAUUUUUCGAAAGCAAGCAGUCUUCCUAUUAGAAGCUGGACCAUAUAGUGGUUUAGGUGAAAUCAUCCAUCGAGAGAGCGUUCCAAUGCACACAUUUGCCAAGUAUCUCUUCACCUCUCUCCUACCUCAUGAUGCUGAAUUGGCAUACAAAACUGCACUGAGAGCCAUGCGGUUGCUAGUAUUGGAAUCUACAGCUCCAUCAGGAGAUAUGUCCCGCCCACACCACAUUGCAUCAGUUGUUCCAAAUCGUUAUCCCCGUUGGUUCACCCUCAGUCACAUUGAGUCCCAACAGUGUGAGUUGGCAUCAACUAUGCUAACAGCAGCCAAAGGUGAUGUUCGGAGGUUGGAAACAGUGUUAGAAUCCAUCCAGAAAAACAUUCACUCCUCAUCGCACAUCUUCAAGCUUGCCCAAGAUGCAUUUAAAAUUGCAACACUCAUGGACAGUUUGCCAGACAUCACUCUUCUGAAAGUUUCUCUGGAAUUGGGCCUUCAGGUGAUGCGAAUGACACUGUCAACAUUGAAUUGGCGACGGCGAGAGAUGGUGAGGUGGCUGGUAACAUGUGCAACAGAAGUAGGUGUUUAUGCACUGGAUAGCAUCAUGCAGAGCUGGUUUACACUUUUCACUCCAACAGAAGCCACUAGUAUUGUUGCUACAACAGUGAUGUCCAACAGCACCAUUGUCCGUCUGCAUCUGGACUGCCAUCAGCAGGAGAAGUUGGCUGGCAGUGCUAGGACGCUUGCUCUACAGUGUGCCAUGAAGGAUCCUCAAAAUUGUGCCCUCUCUGCACUGACCUUAUGUGAAAAGGAUCACAUAGCUUUUGAGACCGCUUACCAAAUUGUUCUAGAUGCUGCUACAACUGGCAUGAGCUAUACGCAGCUUUUUACUAUCGCACGAUACAUGGAACAUCGUGGUUACCCUAUGCGGGCCUACAAGUUGGCCACUUUGGCCAUGGCGCAUCUCAACCUGAGUUACAAUCAGGAUACACACCCUGCCAUUAAUGACGUUUUGUGGGCAUGUGCGCUCAGCCACUCCCUUGGGAAAAAUGAGCUAGCAGCUAUAAUACCUCUGGUGGUCAAAAGUGUCAAAUGUGCAACAGUACUGUCAGACAUUUUGCGUAGGUGUACUUUGACCACUCCUGGCAUGGUGGGACUUCAUGGAAGGAGGAACUCUGGUAAGCUCAUGUCACUGGACAAAGCCCCUUUAAGGCAACUCCUGGAUGCCACGAUUGGAGCCUACAUUAAUACAACACAUUCACGACUCACACACAUCAGCCCUCGACACUAUAGUGAGUUUAUAGAGUUCCUUAGUAAGGCCCGAGAGACCUUCUUAAUGGCUCAUGAUGGACACAUUCAGUUUACACAAUUUAUUGACAACCUAAAACAAAUCUACAAAGGCAAAAAGAAACUGAUGAUGUUGGUUCGGGAGCGGUUUGGUUGACAAAAAUGUGUGAAUGGGAGGUUCG